AUGAGAAGAAGUAUGGUCCUUCUGAUAAGAAAGCAAAAAAAGAAGGUGAAACCAGUAGCGAAAUUGAAGAAAAGUAUUAAAAUACUGUCAAAGACAGUUAAUUACAGCCUUUGUAUACCGACUACGGUGCUGGCCAACUGUCGAAACUUGGAGCAGAUAACAUUUGCUAUAUAUCAGAUUGCCAAGACCGCAACGAUCUUCAAUGUGGGCGAGAUAGUAGUACUGAACCUUGGAGACAGAAGUGAGAAAAGUAAGAAACACGAAAACUCGUUGUCUGAUGCCAUGUUGAUUGCGUCCUUGCUGCAAUACUUUGUGACUCCUCCAUACCUCGUUAACACAGUCUUUAAGAAACAAUACACAAGAUAUUUCCAAGCAGCUGCAAAAUUGCCCAGACUAUCGGCGUUGCCCUUUAUGAGACAUAGGAAUGAGGACAAAGGUCGCUACCGUGAAGGUCUCGCCAUUAGAAUGACCAAACCGGGUCAAGCAUCGAUCAAGAAGAAAAAUAAGGAGUUCAAGCAGACAAAGUUCAUUAAUAUCGGCAAAGCUGAACCACUCGAAUUAAAAUCACAACUGGUGCCUGUAAACGUGCGAGUGACAGUGGACACAGUAGAGCAACGGGUAGUUUCCCCCCAGGAAGCUUACGGUGACUUUGUUGGUGCUAAUGCAUCAUUCGGUUACCACGUCCGCGUAGCCAACAAUUUCGGAUCAAUCUUCACCGAAUGUGCAUUCCCCAACGGCUACUCUCAAGCGAUUUGGAUCAACAGUGGAGACUACUAUUACAAUGACCAACUAAAGAAGUACCGCAAAGUUGAAACUAACUUGCCUUACGUGAACAAGAUCAUCAAACCCACAGAAUCAACAGACUCGACGCCACCGGCAAAUGUACUUCUCGUAGGCGGUAAAUGGGACCACAUAAACGAGAGCUUUCAGCAAUCAAGGGACCAAUUCGAAGGAUGCGACGGAGCGCAGCAGUUCUUCGAUGGCCAGCUAGAACUACCUGGCGCUGCCCCACAGGGGAACUUGGCGAUCCCAGACAGCUGCAUGAUCUCUUUGACUCUAGUCAAUACUCUAUAA